UUAGAUUCCAAGCCCAGCGCCCGUUCACUUGGAUCAUUGUCAGCGUAAGCGUGGUGCACCGCUUUCCCCAGCCUACAUGUGUCGUCGAUCAAGCGCGGUCUUCUUGCAGCUCAGGCGGAGGUUGCUCUGAGGGUGCUCCAUCCGCGCAGCUUCGCUUUUAUGAGCAGCCAUCUCCCCCGUAUCUCCCAUCCUUUUAUCAUUCUCCGCCCUCCCUCGUCUGCCAUCCCUCAAUGAUCUGAUCUUCGCCUUUGUGUCAACUCUCCUGCAGACUGCCCAGUAUCUAACCAAAACUUGGGGCGCAAAGCCGUUCGAUAUGGACGAAAAAGCGAUUAGCCCACCGCCAUCGUCAACCUCGAAAAAGGAUGCAUCUGACAAUGAGGCGGUUGAGAUUGAUCCCGUCAAAGUAAAGGCCCUGGUGAGGAAGGUGGACCGUCAUAUUGUGCCUUUCUUGGUCCUGCUGUAUCUCUUUAGCUUUUUGGAUCGAGUGAAUAUCGGCAAUGCGCGUCUCUACGAUAUGGAAUCGGACCUAGGUCUCGCUGGCAAUCAAUACCAGAUCGCAGUCUCGAUUUUAUUUAUACCUUACUGUCUUCUGGAAGUGCCGUCCAACCUCGUAAUCCGAAAAUUCACAGCGUCUCGCUACAUUUCCUUUAUCGCAGUGUCGUGGGGAAUCAUUGCCACCUUGACGGGAAUUGUUCAAAAUUUCGCCGGUCUAAUAGUAUGCCGCUUCCUCCUAGGAUGUGUGGAAGCUGGCUUAUUCCCUGGCCUGGUUGCCUACAUGACACUGUUCUACGGGAAACGUGAGAUCGCGCUGCGAGUGGGUUAUCUAUUCAGCGCUGCCGCGCUCGCUGGGGCCUGCGGUGGGUUGCUCGCCUACGCCAUUGGCUUCAUGGGCGGAAUUGCUGGGCAAAAGGGCUGGCGCUGGAUUCUAAUCAUCGAGGGCAUCCCUUCAGUCCUCAUCGGUGUUGCGACGUGGUUUGGCCUCGCCGAUGAUCCGGACACUGCCUACUAUCUCAACGCGGAAGAGAGAGCCCUCAUGCGGGCUUGCCGCAAUACGGAAAUUGGCCAAACCGACUCGGCGCAGCAGUUCCAUAUCGAGGAUGCCAAAGAGGGUGCAAAAGACUGGACCAUCUGGCUCAUGUGUCUUAGUCAGUUUGGCGUCGACACCGUGCUGUACGGAUAUAGCACAUUCCUGCCCACCAUCAUCAAGGGUAUCGGGACGUGGACGGCCCCGCAGGUCCAGGCGCUGACUAUUCCUUGCUACGCCUUGGGCGCCAUUACUUACCUCGUUAUCGCCUGGUUUAGCGACCGCAUGCAGCGUCGUGCGGUCUUCACAGUUGCAUUUUGUAUCAUUACUAUCAUCGGCUAUGCGGUGCUAAUGUCAGACAGCAAUUCCAGCGUCCAUUACUUCGGCUGCUUCCUCGUCGCGGUUGGGUUGUAUGUCUGCGUUGGCCUGCCGCUCGCCUGGCUGCCGACGAAUCUCCCGCGGUUCGGCAAGAGAACGUUCGCGACUGGCCUCCAGCUUACAAUGGGGAAUGUCAGUGGCAUCAUGACGCCGUUUUUGUACGUCACCAAGGACGGCCCACGCUACAUCAAGGGCCAUGCAGUAACCCUCGCUCUUACUGGAUUUUCGGCGGUGAUCUAUACGUUUAUGUGGUUCCAUUACAAACGGAUCAACAAAGCGCGCUCUGCGGGCUUGGAAGAUUACAAGAUUGAGGGGAUGACGGAGGAAGAAAUUGCUGAGAUGGGUGAUCGUAAUCCUAGGUUCCGCUAUGUUACCUAGCGGGUUGUGUGUACAUUUUCUGUUGCUCUAUUUUCUUUACAUCUUUCCUUUUCCUAUAUAUUCUUUUGUUUGGCUCCUCAAUACUUCCCAAGCUGCACUAGCUGGUACUUAGUAAUUAUUUGUUAGACCCUUU